AAUGGAGUUUCGAUUGAUUAUGAAAUUUACCAGCUUUCUCUCCCAGUAACAGAAUCUAUGUAUCACAGUAUAUGGGUGGUAAAUCGAUGUGUGGACUAUAACUUAUAUUAUAUUUUUUCUAACAUAACUAUGGAAUGGUAGCACAUCCAUCUGUGCAGUUCACCCAGAAUUAUAUAUGUAUAGACACAUAGAUAUAUCUAUAUGCUAGAAGAUAUUCCAUAUCACAAAAUGACAGUUAGCAGAAUAGCUUUGCUUUAACGGCAUUUUAUAGCUUUUUUGAAUCCGUAGCAACCGAAAUUACAACCGCUAGUAAUGUUACGAAAAUUGAAAUGAAACCGCAAGGAUACUUAACUCUCGAUCGCUAUAAUUAUGCACUGAUUAGUUUUUUUCUUUAAUACAUUGCAUUUAUCAUAUUUGUUCACUAACAAUAUAUGUUUCGGUAUACACGUUAGUCUCUGCUAACUUUUAUUUCUAAUGAUGUGAAAAACGCUCAACUAGUGCCCAAAUAUGGUAACAAAGAAACGAGUGCUAAUGUUCAAUUGUUCAAACGACAUAAAUUUGCAUUUUAAAUUCUUUAACAACAGUAUGUCUGACUGUACGUAGAUGGAAAUGAAGCGGUCCCGUCUCGCUCCUGUUACAAUUAUACACUAUGAAACAGUGCUUUCCCUUUGUUGCGGUCAUGCUCAUAUAUUACUCAGCCCUACAUUACAUGUAUAUUACAUUACUCGUAUGUACAGCGUGUCGACAUGGUCCACAUUUCGCUAUUGUAAAAUAAAUAAUACCAUCUAAUUUGUUCAGUAAAAUACUCGUACACGAAUAAUUCUACCUAUUGUGUUCAAAGUUCUUUAUUAGCUAGAGCCACUUACCCGUUGUGUAGAUAUUUAUAUUCUGACUGAUAUCAUGAGGAUAUUAGCUUCCGCUAGGCUAGAAGUCACGUGAUGUAAACAAACCAUGUUGUGAAGAUUGCACAAUCAGCUGUAAACGGGUUUUUCCUUGUCCAAGCAUAUAUGUAUGUACAUGUAUAUAUGUAAUAUUGCUACAUGUAACAGGACUUAUUCGGGAUACAGGUUUUGUUCCUGAUCCAUAGCGACAAACAAAAUGGUACUAAAGAAAAGUAGAUAUGACUACAACAGAGGAAGCACAUUUUGCCGUCUGUGCCGAAAUAAAAAUGCUAAAGAAACCGGAAAGAUAUACAAAUUUAUGUCUGGUAAUGGACACGAUGAAGACAAACAAAUAAAAGUCAUUGAAACUCUAGAACAGUAUUUACAAGAUGGUGGAAUGCAGAACAACAGAAAUUUUUACAUUGCAAGCGAGACAUAUUCUCUCAACAAGAGGAAAAGAUGGACGUUGCCCACAAGAAUUAUUGAAGCAAUCGACAGUGAAGAGUUAGAAGACUUAGAUUUCAGGCUGGUGAUGCACGAACGAUCUGGCGUUCCGUUUCGACAUGGAUGGAUAGAUCCCGACUCUGAAAUCAAGGCCAGUACAUUGUCGUACCAUGAUAGCAAAUAUACAUUACAUCAUAUGUAUCCUAACUCUAAAAGUAGGGUGUCAUCUCUGACCGACCUCAAAUUAAAUUGUCAUCUGAAACACGGCGCACCAAAGUCAGAUCCUACUUCAGCCAGGGGCUCGUCCAGGCGAUCCCGAAAGUGUCAUACCAGAGGGAUACAGAGGAAAAUACCACCUCCUGAUCCUGAUCACAAUUACUAUUGGAGGCGAAAUGCAUACUUCUUCAGGGAUGUCAUGGAGGCCACCUUCCACCACGUCAAAGUUCCCGAGGUCCGCUAUGAGAUUCACUAUCCUGAUGUCUUCAAUAGAUACUGUAAAUGUCCGAAAUACAGAGGCCACAGUCGGUACUUUCCUGGGAAUACAAAGAAAGAAAUAAAACGAUGGAAAACGAAGAAUGGUCGAUCAAAGCCACGGGCUCAGAAAAAUUUCCGAGGGAUCGACAGCAUUGAGAAACGUAUGUAUGCCUCUUGUUAUACCACUGAAUUAGAGCUGGACGUCGACAUCAGUGAUACGGAUACAAAGAACGACAAUAUGAUCAAAACCGAGAAAGACGUCGAUGUUCAACGACGAUCAGUCACUUUUGGUGAUUUUUUCGUUACCAUGAAUGAGUCUUCUAAAUAUAAGCAGAAUUUUAAAUCCAGUAGCAACAAAAGGAAAACAAAUGCAUGCCUUCAAACAAAACAUAACGCUUUAACAGAAACUCAUAUAGGGCAAAACAAUAGGAAGAGCAAUGUCAUUUAUAUUGAUACUCCAGUAAACGUUCAAAAAGAGUGCAGUCAUCAGCAACAUUCUGUGCCAUCAAUGGAUGACGUGGGUGAUGACGUCACUAGCAGUGUAUUCGGUGAGCAUGCCAUGGCAGAGCUAUCCUGGAGUGACUUUGACUUCGAAAGUCAAUACUGUCAGUGUACCAUUGAUAAGGAAAGCGUUCAAGACAUGAUAGUUUCUUCCAGUGACUAUGACGUUCAAGUUAGCAACUGUGUUCCUCAGCAAGUCUGUAUAACUAUCAAAGGGGAAACACACUGUGCUCUUGUGAUACUAUGGCAAAGGUCUGGAUGGUCACCAUCUUCUGAUCAGGCGAAAUACUGGGCGAAAGUGCAAUUCGAGUGUAAUGGGACAGUUACUGAAAUGUCAACCGAAGAUUUAAAGUCCAAACUUACCGAGGAGAAAGGUACCACACUAUCAUUGAACCAGAUAAUAGCAACAGUGGAGAAAGAAGCUGCAAACAGAACUGUGGAAUUCCGCAGACAUGGAGGUGGAGAUAGUGCCCUACCUAACGGCCAUUUGACCACAACCAUUGCCCACCCUUCUUAUGAUGUUAAGACUGUACACGAAGCAUAUCAAACUCUACUUACAGAAAAGGAGGACAUCUUACAAUCAUUUGAACUAGUCAAUAUGGUACCAAUUUCAUCAGAAAGUGGGGUUUGUGAAACCUGUCUAUCAGGAUCUGACGAUCCUCGGGCUGAUGGCUGUACCAUACUCCCCUGUCAGCACUACUUUUGCAUCUACUGUUGGCGGAGUCAUAUCACUAUAAAGAUAAAAGAGGGGACAGUCGAUAUACCUUGUCAGGCAUUCAAAUGUAAAGAAUACAUCGAUGACGUGAUGAUCCAUACUGUUGCGUCAUGUGACCUGAUAAACAAAUGGAUGAACAGGAAAAAAGAACGAAUGUUGGAGAGUUCCCACCACUGGCAUUGGUGUCCGUCAGUGUCAUGUGAUAGAGUAGUCAGGGUAACAAGUGUCAGCGGUAGAUUCACUGACGACAACUUCCCAAUCCUUUGUGUCUGUGACAGGACGUGGUGUUUCGCAUGUCAGUAUGACAUACACUGGCCUGCCACAUGUGAACAGUAUUCUAUCUACAGGAAGCAACUUGCUCAAAAUGGCCACACCGAUGGAGGAGGAUAUCCAGCUGAACCCCCUGUAUAUUACGUCGACGUCAAAAAAUGCCCAAAUUGUAAUCACCCUAUCGAGAAAAAUGGCGGCUGUCCUCAGAUGAUUUGCAGAUGUUCCCAUAGUUUUUGUUGGGAAUGUCUUCGUGAUAGGGCCAGCCAUGUCGACGGAGUGGAGUGUAAAGACCUUACUACCAGACUUAUAACCAUGUCUCUGGACGAUACAACAUCCCUCAAGAUGCACACAAGAUUAUAUAAGAAAUGUGUUGUACAUCGUUACAAAUGGAAAAGGACAUUUUCAAAUCGUGCCAUUGAACAACGAGUUAAAUUCUUUGAAAAUUCAAUAUCCUACAAGAUGAAGAAUUUAAGGACAAAUUCGAAGGAAACGAUAGGACCAUCAGCAAUCUUAGAUCUCAGAUCCAGCUUUGACUUCAUCAGAGAGGUACACGUACUAUUGGAGAACAUUUACGUGAUGCUGUCACAUACGACACGACGGAUCCAUCGUUAUCGGGGACUUCUGGAACAUAUCGAGUUUUGUACCUCCAGAAUGGAACAUAUACUGGACCAGCCUAGUCUAUGUAAGGACGACGUCCGGAGGGCAUAUGGGCUACGUACAUCUGUAGGAAGAAGCUUGCGGAUACUCCCCCACCUCGCUUCUUUCAUCCAGUCUGCAAUUCAAAGAGCCAACGCAAGAGGCAUCAAUCCCCACACCAAAGAUGUUUGCUAAGCGUAAACAUGCUGCCAAAACUUAAACUUCUGCCUUUUUGCACAGGACAAUAAUCCUCGAAGCCUCAUACUGUAACACAGGGACAUUAGUUUAGAGGGAAUUGAAGAUCAAGUGAUUCGGAUUUAUGAUUCCAGAUAUAUACCUGGUUAAAUGUUGUAAAAAAAGUAUUUGAAAACUAUUUUUCGAAUUUGGAAUUUGCAGUCUUAUGAAACAUUUAAUCGGUCAUUUGAUAACCCUGUCGGCAAAUGACAAUAAGAUACAAAUAUAUCAUGGGUGACUGGUAAUCGACCGAUGCUCUAUUGCAGGCCUCGUGCAAUAGAACAUCGGUCGAUUACCAGUACCGACGGUCAAAUAUUCUGGACUAUUGCACAGACACCUAUGAUAUACUUGUUUUAUUACAUAAUCACUAAAACACACUUAGAAUCUCUGUCAUCUCGAAUUUUCUGUAGGCCUAGAAGUCACCAUGACUGUCGACGGCAGUGUUGACAUCUGAGUGACUUAGACGGUUGAAAGGGUAAGGCGACAUUCCGAAACGUCACAGGUGCUCAAUAGUUCGCACGUGACCGUGUUAUAGACAUUUAAGCCGUGCAAUAGUUCAAAAUAUACUUUAUGUUUAUAGUUAGGGAAAAUCAAACGCAUUAUGUAAUAGCAUAAAAUAACAUACAACUUGUCAUCAGGAGGAGACAUUCGUAUGUGUAUGCCAAAAGAGUUCUUAUCAUUCAUAAUAGCUUACGUUUUCUCGUUAUUUCUCAAAAGCAUUUUUUUUAUUUGUACUUAUAAUGGGGUUUUUACUUUCACGUGUAAAGUCGUUAUUUUUGGUAAUUCAUGACAAGCGUGUCAUGCGACAAAUAUAAAAUGCGCGAAUGUUGUAAGUAGUAUUUUGACUUCUUUUCUUACUGUAAGAAAUACAAUUUAUGAUGCUGAAUCAUGCUUAACGCAUCUAACAUACAUGUAUGUAUAUUGUUUUGCUGAUUAUUCAUAACUAUGGGAUUUAACAAAUCUUCAUCAAUGAUUCAACACAACAAAUCCCAUAUAUGAAAGCCGUGUUAGUGAGGUGACAGGAUUGGGGUACUAGUUAUGCCCAUCAGAUGUUACAGACAGUAAACCUAGACAAAUUAAAUAAUAAGAUAUGAAUAAGAAAUAUUUCCUUCCCCCCAACAAAAGAGAUGUAAAAUAAAGAAUUAAUGGUAGCGUAUAACUGCGAGCAUUAUAUUAACUCGAGCAAGUCAGCAAAAGUUCCCCAGAUCCCUAUUGUAGUAAGAAAUGAGUGUCUAAUCUUCUAAAUACGAAAUGCAUAGUCAUAUUACAAUUCAUUUUAUCGUUUAAGUUAACGAAGAAAUAAAAUUGUCUAUCUCAACCCAUGGUAGAUCGGUCAUUGAAAUCAUAAGCUUAACAAAUCAAAAACCUCAACACGUAUUCAUUGCGUCGUUAUCCGAUGAAUCCGAUUGAGUGUGUGUGGGGUUCACCAUACGUAUCAAACUUAUAUCUUUAAUGUUAUUAAAUAUAAGCUAUAUACGUAAUGCAUUGAUAACUUAACAGACUCCUGAUAUAUAUAUAUAUAUAUAUUGCCUAAUUACAUUGUUCACAUAACAAUGUUAAGCUGUAGAUACUGGUUGAGCACAUGGUACUUAUUUCUUCUUUAUUCUUUUGAGACUGGCUUGUUUUCAAGGAGAUUUUCUCCCCCCCCCCCCCCCCCCCCGUCUUUCCACACUCUACAAGCUUAAUCUCUCACUGGAAUAUCAAACAGGCAAUAUAAAAAGUAAUUGUAAUGGAGAAGACUGGUCUAUAUGAAAACAUAGCCGCUGAUCUGUAACACAGGUUAUCGUGAGUGAACAUCACGUUUCACCCCAAAAGCUCCUAUUUCCACUCCACACACACACCGCUAAGCUGAGAAAGGUACCCAGUGAGUCUCUUAUGUCGGAAUAUCGCAGAAAAAAACCAUAUAUGUGACAUCGUGAUAAAUAAUAAUUUAGUGUAAAGCGAGGGUCUAUACUGACGGAAUAAAGCAACUAGAUAGGACUAAAUGGGUGUUCUGGGGUAAAUGAAUAUCUCAUUUAUCCAUAUAUGUAAAGUAGGUGUUGUGUCACGACCGAUUUUAUUGUAUUUGCACCAAAAUCUUAGCGAGACUAAACGGUGUCGGAGCAUUCAUAGUAGUGCGCCCUGGCCCUACACCAGAUAUGGUGUCAGGGCCAGAGGAAACUCGGGCUAGUUACCUACAUGUGCACACGCUGCAGUUAAAUAUAUAUCUACGAACGGCUCAUUUAUGACACGCAACAAAUAAGUGUGUUAACAUAAACAACUGAAACAUUUACGCUUGGAAUGGACAACUACCAAAGUAAUUAAACAUUGCAUUAUAAACAACCUUUGACAUGUACUUCAACCAAUGCAGUUUACCUGAUGACAUAAAAAAAAAAAAAACAAUUACAAACAAAAAUGAAAUAUGCAGUAUAUGAGAGUGACCGUUACAAAUACAAUCAACACGGACAACAAUCAUUCCUGUUCCGUCAUCAAGAUGGUCAAUCAAUUCGAUAUACCUAACCAUAAAUGGAAAUGCCUGCAGGUUAUCGACACAGGCUUCUCAUUAAAUACGAUGAAGCAA